AUCAUUAGCCAAACAAUCAAACAACUAUUAAUAUUUUAGUGUAUAAUCAGGCGCUUCUAUACAUUUGUAAGUCAAUGCGCAACCGACGUCGAGUCGAAGUUCCAAUCAAAAAAAAAUAAACAGCCCAGUAGCUCACAUCGCUUGGUGUCGCAAAACAGUUCUCGGCCAGUUAUGUUUUGGGAACGUAUCGAGAUACAACGUCGCGACCAAUUUUAAAUUUAAUAAUAAUAUUAAGAGUCGUAACAAACGCUACAAUGACUUACGCCUUUAUUGUUGUGGUGUCAGUGGCUAUUACUUUGAAGUUACUGUUUUUGAGUUUCUCCAUGUACUUUACUUUUAAAAGUAAAGAAAACCAAACGCAGGGUAACGGUUCAACAAGAGAUGCACACAAAUCCAUGGUGAUGCCGUGGAGAUACAUCCAACAAAUAUUUCUACGCAAAACGUUGCAUUUCAAUUCAGAUUCGAAUAAACCAAACUAUUCAAAUAAAAUCUGAUAAUAAUAAAGUGAAUUUUAUAUUUUAUGUUUAUCACUUUUUAGUUACUAAAACUAUUAUGAAGGAAAAUUAUCUAAUAUUAAGGUAGGUGCACCAGUUCCAACUUGCCUCCUUACUCCUGAACGCAAUCGCGACCGAUCAACAUUACAAUAGGGAUGACGACUAAUUUUUGUUUGUUUGUCCAU